ACAGCUUUUCAAAUCAUUUACUGAAGUUCUUGAAUGUGGUAUUGAAUGUUUCUGAAUUUGUAUCAAAACCAGCUGCUGCCAUCGUUGACUUGCGCCAACUCCUCCAAGAGGCGACUGAAUUGCAGUUGACUUUAAGCUUCAUUUGGGUAUGGCGGCUUUUGGUGCGGCGGCUUCUCUCAAGAAUACGAUUCUGCGUAUUCUUCAAUCGUCUCGCAUUUCUCUCGUUUCCCACUCUCCACAAAUCUUGCAACCUGUCUACGACGAGAUGGAUCGAUUGCAGAAAGUUCUGCUAAAAUUGGACGAGACCAGCUGCAGCAAGAUCAGGACGGAGGUGAAUGCUGCGGAUGAACUCAUCAAAGAGGCAGUUUGGGAAUUCGAAGAUUUACUCGAAUCCCAUAUCUUACCUCAGAUUCUUCCACAGCUCGAAAGCGAGAGAAACAACUUGUCAUUCUCUGUAGAUCUGCAGAGUCUGCAACACCAUGUUGAUUGCUUCGUCGAGAUGGUGAAGAUGAUGGAGCUGGAGUACACUAAAGAAAUGAAGAAUAUGGCUGAAGAAGAAGGCGAGCCUAUUUCCUCAAGAAUCGAUUUUGGUGGAAUCAAGUCAAAGAUGGUUGGAAAAUCUUAUGCAUUUCAAGAAGCCAGAGAUAAUCUUCUUGAAGGUAAAGAUUAUUCUAUUAUUGGGAUGGCGGGAGUUGGAAAGACAACUCUUGCUAAACGUAUAUUUGAAGAUCCAUCAAUUCGGAGCCAUUUUGAGUUUCGAGCAUGGGUCAAAGUGGGCAGAAAAUGCAAACCCAAUGAAUUAUUACGCUGCGUUCUAGCUCAAGUGGAUCCCAACGCUUACCGAAUGCUUGCCCAAGGAGAUGAUGAUGAUGAGGAAUUAGUUGGACUAUUGAAAGAAAAAUUGCAGGAUAAGAAAUGCCUCAUCGUGUUGGAUGAUGUUUGGGAGGAACAAGCAGUAGAUCGCUUGAUAAAUUGCUUGCGAGAAAAGAAUACUCUUGGAGGGAUUCAGUUCUUACUUACAAGUAGACAACAUAUAACAUACAACCAGCAUGGGGGCAUGAGAUUGAGCUUGUUGAAUGAAGAAGAUAGUAAGAAACUACUUGGUGAGAAGGUGUUUAGUGAAGACGGUUUCCCUCCUCAACUUGAGAAACUGGGAGAGAAGAUUGCCAAGAAAUGUGAAGGUCUUCCUCUUAUGAUAGUCACGGUUGCAGAGCUCCUAUCAAAAGCCGACAAGACCCCAGAAUACUGGACUGAGGUAGCCUACAAACAACACAACUCACUUUUUGAGAAAGCAUAUAAUCAAAUAUCAGAGGUACUUUUCCCAAGCUAUGACUACUUACCCCAACAUUUAAAAAUGUUCUUCCUCUAUAUGGGAGCUUUCCCUCCUUAUGCUGAUCAGAGACCAUUCGAUAUUAAUUAUCUUUUGAGUGUUGAGGAAUUUCUUGAACUGAAUGAUGAAAGAACUUUAGAAGGUUUAUGGGAAAAGCUUUCUAAGUGGUAUCAUCUUAUUUUCGACACAGAAAAUUUGUGGUAUUUGAACAGAAAGUAUCGCGUGCAUUCUUGUUGGCAGCACUUAUGUAAGGUAGAAUCUAGUAGGAUCAAGUUUCUACAUGUCUUACGAGGUUGUGAUGAUGUUAUAAUAGACCAGCGCCGCUUGUGUGUCCAUUCGAACAGCUUAUUCUGCUUCAAACAAGUGUAUGAUUUGAUAAAAAGUGAUUGUGCAUCCACAACCCGUUCUAUCCUUUGUUAUGGUACUUAUCACCCAUAUCCAAUCCCAAUACAUGCCAUGGGUUUGAAGUUGCUCAGGGUAAUAUAUGCUCUUGGAGUUCGAUUUUACCAUAUCCCAAUUGAAAUUUUGAAACUUGUUUGUCUGCGGUUCCUUUCCCUAAAUUGCAACGGGGAGCUCCCACCUUCCAUAUCCAACCUUUUUAAUCUUCAAUUCUUGAUUACCAAUCCACAUAUUUACAUUAAAAAGCGUGGAGUUCAGUCUUAUAUGCCUGUGCAAAUUUGGAACAUGCAACAACUAGAGGGGAUACAGAUUUGGGGAAGCGACCUACCAACCCCUAAUACUGAUGAUGCUACCUUGAACAAACUCAUCAAGCUUGCUGGUGUGAGUGCAAACAGUUGUACAAGGGAAGUUCUCAAAAGAAUUCCUAAUUUAAAGGAAUUAGGAAUUCAAGUGGAGUUGAAGCCUUAUGAUGAUGAUGAUGAUGAAAGAAACCCAAUGAGUUGCUUGGAUUAUAUCUCCCAACUCCAGAACUUGGUCGAACUUUUCUAUUGGGUUAAUAAUCCUGUGAUAAAGUAUGAAUGUAAUACGAUUCCUCUUUCAAUGUUUCCAUCAAGUCUCAAGGUGUUACGUUUGCAUGGGUUAGGGGGGUAUCCUUGGAAUUACCUGAAUGACAUUGGUUCGUUGCUGCCAAAUCUCGAGAUUCUCAUAUUAUACAGCUACGCAUUUCGAGGCUCGGAGUGGGACAUAACAUCAGGGAGUUUUUUGAAACUUACUGAACUUCAAAUUUUGGACACCGAUUUGGUGCGAUGGAGACCUCAACGUGGAAGCUUCCCGAUGCUUCGUAGACUAGGCAUGCUGCAUUGCUACAAAUUACAACAGCUCGAUUGGCCAUAUGAUCACUCUUGGAUAGAGCUCAUUUGUUUAGCCGAGUGCAAUCCUUUAGCUGUUGCUUGUGCCAAUGAAUUAAAAGACAAGUUUUCCUUUCACCUUCUCGUCGAAUCUUCUUUUUGAGGUCAAGUGAGUCUGCGACUUGCCUAACAGGCAAAUGAAAGAGCCGAUGGAAGGAUUUUGUCGAUGGUUAUGAAAACCUGAGUGCUGGAUUGUGUUUGUAACCAAUACUGUUUGAAAGUUGGAUUAGUGUGAAAACAUUAGUCCCUUGUUCAAGGAUUUAUGUGAAAACAUGUUUUACAAGUGAAGGUACGUCGUCGUUUUGCAAUUCAGAGUUGCUUCCCCUGUUGCCGGUGAGUCUCUACGUUGGAUUUUUUAAGGCACAGAGUUGCUUCCCCUGCUUAUUGUCAUCUUAUUUUUGAGAACACAUGUUGUUAUUGUUGUCUUCUUUCUUAUUUUUAUUUCUUUGAGGUUUAGUUUACAUUUUCUUUGAAAUUUAAAAGUUGUUGGCUGAAAAGCCAUGAUUUGGUGGGAGUUUGUAUUAACAAAAUUAUUGUGGUAAUUAAGUUUGUUCUUCUCUAUUGUAAAUAAAUAACUGCAGAGAUGUUGUUGAUUUAGCUAUGAAGAGAAUCUGAUUAA